CUCUGCAGAAAAGGAGGACCUUCCUAGUGACGCAGCAACCUCUUUCGACAUACUGCUUUGUAGUUACCCAACCUACAAGAAGUUUGGUUUUUCUUAAGGAGUUCUCUUCCUGUCGUAUUUGAAGCAGUUGAGCUGUUGCUCUGGCAGUUUGGACCCACUGCUUGAACCCAGGAGACCUGCCACUCAGAGAAAUAAGAAAUGGCGUCAACUGCACAUUUCUCGGAGGAGGAGAUGGCAGAGCUACAAGAGGCUUUCAGCAAAGUCGAUGUCAGUGGGAAUGGCUUCAUCCACACCAAUGAUUUAACAGAUGUGUUGAAGGCAGCCAGUCUCCCUCUCCCAGGAUAUAAAGCCAGAGAACUCAUUCAGAAUUUGACAACCACGAGGGAUGGCAGGAUCAGUUUUGAUGAAUUUAUUUCAAUUUUCCAAAACUUGAAGAGUGACGAUGUUGCUAAGUCGUUCCGAAAGCAAAUCAACAAGAAGGAGGGGAUCUGUGCUAUUGGUGGGACAUCCGAGCAGUCCAGUGCCGGCACACAACACUCUUACUCAGAGGAAGAAAAGUAUGCCUUUGUCAACUGGAUUAAUAAAGCCCUUGAGAAGGACCCUGACUGUAAGCAUGUGGUCCCAAUGAAUCCAGAAACAGAUGACCUCUUCCAGGCGGUUGGUGAUGGCAUAGUGCUUUGUAAGAUGAUCAAUUUCUCAGUGCCAGAUACCAUUGAUGAGAGAACAAUCAACAAAAAGAAACUCACACCCUUCACAAUACAGGAAAAUCUGAACCUGGCCCUGAACUCUGCUUCAGCCAUUGGGUGCCAUGUUGUUAACAUUGGAGCUGAAGACUUAAAAGAAGGGAAACCUUACCUGGUGUUGGGUCUUUUAUGGCAAGUCAUUAAAAUUGGACUCUUUGCUGACAUAGAGAUCAGCAGGAAUGAAGCCUUGAUUGCUCUUCUGAGAGAAGGAGAGAGCCUGGAGGAUCUGAUGAAGUUGUCUCCAGAGGAACUGCUGCUGAGAUGGGCAAACUAUCACCUGGAGAAUGCAGGAUGCAACAAAGUCAGCAACUUCAGCUCAGACAUCAAGGACUCAAGAGCUUAUUACCAUCUGCUGAACCAGGUUGCCCCCAAGGGAGAUGAAGAAGGCAUUCCGGCUAUUACUAUUGACAUGUCAGGAUUAAGGGAGAAGGAUGAUGUCCAGCGAGCAGAGUGCAUGCUGCAGCAGGCGGAGCGGCUGGGCUGCCGGCAGUUCGUCACAGCCACUGACGUUGUACGGGGGAACCCAAAGCUAAACUUGGCCUUCAUCGCCAACUUGUUCAACAAAUACCCUGCCCUGCAUAAGCCAGAGAACCAGGACAUCAACUGGAGCGCUAUUGAAGGUGAGACAAGGGAAGAGAGGACGUUCAGGAACUGGAUGAACUCUCUGGGUGUUAAUCCACGUGUAAAUCAUUUAUAUAGUGACCUGUCAGAUGCCUUGGUCAUCUUCCAGCUCUAUGAAAAGAUCAAAGUGCCAGUAGACUGGAACAGAGUGAAUAAACCACCAUAUCCUAAACUGGGUGGCAACAUGAAGAAGCUUGAAAAUUGCAACUAUGCAGUGGAACUGGGAAAGAAUCAAGCCAAAUUUUCCCUUGUUGGCAUCGCUGGGCAAGAUCUGAAUGAAGGAAACCGUACACUCACACUGGCCUUAAUCUGGCAGUUGAUGAGAAGGUACACCCUGAAUAUCCUUGAAGACAUUGGUGGUGGAGAGAAGGUCAAUGAUGAAAUCAUUGUCAGCUGGGUCAAUGAAACACUGACUGCAGCUGGGAAGGAUUCGACCAUCUCCAGUUUCAAGGAUAGCAAGAUCAGCACCAGCAUGCCGGUCCUGGAUCUCAUUGAUGCCAUUCAACCAGGAUCAAUCAAAUACGACCUCUUGAAAACAGAGGACCUGAAUGAUGAGGAGAAACUAAAUAAUGCUAAGUAUGCUAUCUCUAUGGCAAGAAAAAUUGGAGCAAGAGUCUAUGCCCUUCCAGAAGACCUGGUUGAAGUAAAACCCAAAAUGGUCAUGACAGUGUUUGCUUGCCUUAUGGGAAAAGGCAUGAAGAAAGUUUAAAGCGUAAAAUAUUUGUACUGAUGCCUGGUAUUCACCCUUUUGAUUCCCUCAAACUGGAUGCUCUUCUCCGUAUCAAGGAAUAUGCAGAGUGCUCGUGCUUUAAAGGCAUGAAUGUUAACACAGUUCCAGAUCAUACUAAAGUUGUGUAUCCACAUGUAUCCAGGAAAUAUUUUCUUUUGAACAGUAAUAUGUGGUUGACUUUUUUUUUUUUCUCCUUAUUUUCCAUUUUGCUAGCUAUAACUACUUCAUAUUUCUGAAUAAGUUUUCAUACUUUUAUUAAUGGAUACCAGGGUAUUCUGUCAGAGUUCACCUGGAGAUCUUCAUCUUGGGAGAUAAAGACAGCUUUUAGGAUUAUGAAAUGUUAUAUACUGCUUCUGCCUGAAAAUGUCUUCAUGCUUUUGGUAGCAUUUCUGCCAAAUGCUUCUUCCAUACUUCCCUUCAGUUUGCACCUGGGAUAACAAAAGGGUAUCCCUAAGCCAAUUCAAGUACUAGUGACUGUAUUUUUUGAAUGGUAGGAUCCUCCUAGGAAAUUCUUGCGGAAAGAGAGAAGUGUCUGGGGUCUGCAAUGUGUUGCUGGUAUGUGAACAGAGCAGUACUUUUCCCUGCAAGUUCCACCUCUGCUGUCAGAGGCGUUACUCUAUGUCAUAAUACACUUAUAAGCAGAUUGCAAAGCAUGAUAGAAAUGAAAGCCAUGUUAAAGAAACUAAGGGGAUACACUCAGUUGGUAGCAAUAUGAUAAGAAGCGAACCAAAGGAACACAGAGUGACAUACUUGUGUAGCUAAUACAAAUUAAACUCUGGUAACUUCACAGACUUGUACUCCAAGGGCUGUGGCCUGGAUUCAGGAGAGCCACUUAAAACUGUGCUUGCAUAUAAAACAUAUGUUAAAAUGCUUCCCUGAACCUAGGCUGGGAUCCUCAAGAGAGCUAAAUCAGCAUUGCUUUGCAGCUAACAAGGCACUGUCAAUUUGCCUCAGUCGAGGACCUAGCCCUGUCUAUGGAUAGUCAGUGGGCUAUAUUUGCACUGAAUCUCUUUCUUGGCAUGAUUCAUUUACUGUUCUUGCCUUUAUGUGGAUUUUACUGUGGUGAAAUGCAGAAGGAGGGAAUUUUGCCUUAAUGCAAUCCCGUUGAUGCAAUCUCAGUUCCCUCCCUCCUUCCCUCCCCUCCAGCCUUUCCAGAAUUGCCUUAAUAAAGAACCAAUAUUCAAUGACGUGAGAAGUCUCUCCAAAUAAAAUGUUCUAUAAAGCCAAA